CAAAAACAAAACGUUCACUAAAACACGUAGACAAAAGCCAUAACCAACAAUAAGUCAAUAAGCACUUAAGCAGGUAGGUAGCAAAUUGUUCGGCACUGAACGUGCUACGUGCAUCCUAGCCACACUAACAUAAUAAAAACAGAACAUCCAAAUCUGUUUCCUCUGAACGAUCACCGGACUACAUGGAAACGUUGAGUAACGAAACCAAUGAGCUCAGAUCGGAGUUUCUCCACAUUCUUCCAUGUCAACGAUUAUCCAACGUUCUUGUAAAGAACUGUCUAUUAUCUCUUCUUGUUUCCAAUCUCCUAAUCACCGGAGCUAUGGAAACGCACGAAGCUGUUGACUUUCGAUCUGAGUUUCUCCGAGUUCUUCUUAGUCGACGAUUAGGCCAAGUUCCAUUGGUAGCUGAGUGUUCAAAGCCAGUGGCCAAUCCUAUCUUUCAAAGUGCUAUUCCAUCUACAGCAGCACUAGAGUCUUGUCCAAAGGAACAUAUUGAUAACUUUAAAGAGAUGCUUAAAGAGGAAAAUAUUCAUUUACACACUGAGGCUGGAGAGCAAGGACGAUUGCCUUUGCUUAUUUUAAGCUUGAAGAAGAAGAGUGAAGAAAGAAGACCAGCUGUUGUGUUUAUGCAUGGCACAAGCGCAAACAAAGAAUGGUUAAGGCCAUGGCUUGAAGCAUAUGCUUCAAGGGGAUAUGUAGCCAUUGGUUUAGACUCUCGCUACCAUGGUGAAAGAGCUGACUCCAAAACUGCCUAUCAAGAUGCUCUCGUAUCGUCUUGGAAAAAUGGAAACACAAUGCCAUUUAUCUUUGAUACUGUCUGGGAUUUGAUCAAGCUAGCUGAAUAUCUUACUCAGAGGGAAGAUAUAGACCCGAAAAGGAUAGGAAUCACCGGUAUUUCGCUAGGAGGGAUGCAUGCUUGGUUUGCUGCUGCAGUUGACACCCGCUAUUCCGUGGCAGCUCCUUUGAUCGGUGUUCAGGGAUUUAGAUGGGCAAUAGACAAUGAUGCCUGGCAAGCAAGAGUAAACAGUUUAAAACCUGUAUUUGAAGAAGCAAGGAUUGAUAUGGGAAAGAGUGAAAUCGACAAAGAAGUGGUAAAAAAGGUAGGUAAGAAGAAUGACAGUGAUUAUAAUUACGGAUUGCGACUGAAUGAUUUGUUUGUAAUGAAACAGGUGUGGGACAGAAUAGCUCCUGGAAUAGCCUCUCAGUUUGAUGCGCCCUACUCGGUACCAGUCACUGCUCCACGCCCUCUUUACAUCCUUAACGGCGCUGAGGAUCCUCGCUGUCCUCUUGGUGGACUAGUUGUUCCGUUAGAGAGAGCUAAGAAGGCUUAUAACAAAACUGCAUCUCCUGGAAACUUCAAGUUCGUAGCAGAAGAUGGAGUUGGACACACAGUGACGAGUUUCAUGAUCAAAGAAUCAUCAGAUUGGUUUGACAAGUUCCUUAAACAAGGAAUCAUGACUUCUCAUUAAAACUAAGGCACAAGACAAUAUGUAACAUCAAUAAAAAUUGUAAACUAAUAAAUGCAUGUCCAUAAGAGACAUCUCAAAACUUUGGUUCCAAAGUAUAUGUAUGGUUAAAUAAAAGCAUGACAUGCAUAUCAAUUAAGCA